CAUUCCCUCUCAGCCGGAGAACACAACUCUACCAGGACCGAUGCCAAGGGAUUGCUCAGCAUUUAACGAGAGAGAGAGAGACAGAGAGAGAGACAGAGAGAGAGAGAGAGAGAGAGAGAGAGAGAGAGAGAGAGAGAGAGAGAGAGAGAGAGAGAGAGAGAGAGAGAGAGAGAGAGAGAGAGAGAGAGAGAGAGAGAGAGAGAGAGAGAGAGAGAGAGAGAGAGAGAGUGAGAGAGAGAGAGAGGAGAGAGGAGGGGAAACAGCUCUGACGUUUAACACAGACUCCCAUUCUCAACAUACUCACACACACUGAGACAGACAGCAGACAAAACUCACAGCACAGUCUCUGACAGGUAGGUAGACUUCAACACAGACAGACAGACUCUCUCUCUGAGACAGACAGCAGACAAAACUCACAGCACAGUCUCUGACAGGUAGGUAGACUUCAACACAGACAGACAGACUCUCUCUCUGAGACGGACGGCGGGCAGCAUGUUUCUGUGGUGGCUCCCCCAGGCAGUGUGUCUGGUGUCGCUGACUCUUGGGUACGAGGACGAUAUCGAGGUGAACUAUGGUGACAGUUACUACAACGAGAUCACAGAGGGAGAGCCACUGGAGCCCACGGUCAUCCCAACCCAAGCCCCCUGUAAGGUUACAGAGAUGACUAAAUGGGACAAGCUCUUCUCCAUGCUGGAGAACUCUCAGAUGAGGGAGAACAUGCUUCUGCAGUACUCCGAUGACAUCAUCAAGGUGGAGUUGGGGUCGCUGCGUGGAGAAAUGCUAAGGUUCGUGGCUCAGUACGGAGGGGCCUGUGGCGUUGCGGUGGAGACUGCUGGACGUAGGAUGUCCAUGCAGAUGGAAGCUCGCCUCAAGGAGAGCCUGGAGCAUCUCAGGCAAGAUCGGAGCAUUGCUGCUGGGAAAUCUGCAGGUAAUUCUGGGAAUAGCCACCAGGAGACGCUGUUACAGCAACUCCUCAACGCGGCGCGGACACAGGCUUCCCGACUCGUCAAGCUAGAAAAUAUCUGCCUGAGUAAUCCAGGACCCAUAACGCCACCAGAGGCAAAGGGGGAAGACCUGCAGCAGGAUGUGGUGCCGGCAGAGAUGCUGGUUGCCCUGGUGACAGAGCUGGCAAAGACGAGGGCAGUUCUGGAACUAGCGUUCAAGUCGGCACAGCAACGACACCUGCCCGCAGGCUGUGAGACCGCUCUUCUCUUCCCUAUGCGUUCCCCUCGUAUCUUCUCCUCGGUGACACCAGACCUCCCUCUCUCCCUCUCUUCCUUCACCGUGUGCCUGUGGGCCAAGCCCGUCUCCGUCUCCAACAGAACCGUGCUGUUCUCCUACGGAACCAAACGGAACCCCUAUGAGAUCCAGCUCCUUCUCAGUGGAACCAGGGCUCUCUUCACCGUGGGGGGAGAGGCUCACCUGGUGGAGGGGCGGGGCGUGGUGAGAGGAGGAUUUUGGACCCACAUAUGUGGGGCUUGGAGCUCUGAGCAGGGCAUAGCGUCACUGUGGGCCGAUGGACACAGAGUGGCAUUCACACCCGGGGUGGCCGAGGGCCACGUGUUACCCGAUGGAGGCUCCCUCCAGCUGGGGCAGGAGAAGAACGACGGCGGGGUCUCUGGAGGGUCAGGUGGCAGUGGGAGUCAGAUGCCUGGGUUUGACGGAGGCUUCGAUGCCAAGUUGGCGUUCGCUGGGAAGAUGACAGGGGUGAACAUGUGGGACAGCGUGCUGACGGAGGAGGAGAUAUCCCAACUGGCUUUGCAGGACGGCGAGGGGUGUGAGCAGAGGGGGAACGUAGUUGGGUGGGGCUUGACGGAGAUCGUGCCUCACGGGGGUGCUCAGUUCAUCAACUAACUCUGAUGACGUUUUCAUCAUCAUCCUCAUCAUCAUCAUCAUUUAAAUUAACUCUAUCAUCACCAUUAUAAACUAAGACCUGCAGUGCAGAACAGCCCAACCGGCUGAGACUGCGACAAUAAUGUGAACAACAACAACAACAACAACAACAACAACAACAGCAGCUCCCUUUAAUGGUUAAUGAGACUGUGACAAUAAUGUGUCCUGUUGGAGGAGUGGUUCCCAUUUAGAGAAGCUGGAGUGUGGCAACACACACACACACAUACACAUACACACACACACACACACACACACGCACGCACGCAAGUCAGAUGCUUGGGUUUGUGAACAUGUGUGCGUAACAAUAAUGUGAACGCAAAACCAACACACACACACACACACACACACACACACACACACACACACACACACACACACACACACACACACACACACACACACACACACACACACACACCCUUGGUGAGAAGCAUUAGUGUACUGUACAUAGCCUUAGGAGGAGAAGUGGAGAAAACAGAAUUUACCACAGAUUUAAAGAGAGAAAAGGAAAGGAAAGGACCGAGGUGAGAGAGAGAAACAAAGAGCUCAUUGUGUGGAAGGAGAGAUGCUUGAGGGCAACUGUCACAAAAACCAGUCUGCAAGGGUCAUCGCUCGAUGGCCAUGCCAGAGGAGGACAACAUUAUUACAUUUACAUUACAUUUAAGUCAUUUAGCAGACGCUCUUAUCCAGAGCGACUUACAAAUUGGUGCAUUACAUUAUCUAUACCAUCAGAAGCUAUGCCAGAGGAGGACAACAUUAUCUAUAACAUCAGAAGCUAUGCCAGAGGAGGACAACAUUAUCUAUAACAUCAGAAGCUAUGCCAGAGGAGGACAACAUUAUCUAUAACAUCAGAAGCUAUACUAGAGGAGGACAACAUUAUCUAUAACAUCAGAAGCUAUGCCAGAGGAGGACAACAUUAUCUAUAACAUCAGAAGCUAUGCCAGAGGAGGACAACAUUAUCUAUAACAUCAGAAGCUAUACUAGAGGAGGACAACAUUAUCUAUACCAUCAGAAGGCAUGCCAGAGGAGGACAACAUUAUCUAUACCAUCAGAAGCUAUGCCAGAGGAGGACAACAUUAUCUAUAACAUCAGAAGCUAUACUAGAGAAGGACAACAUUAUCUAUACCAUCAGAAGGCAUGCCAGAGGAGGAUAACAUUAUCUAUACCAUCAGAAGCUAUGCCAGAGGAGGACAACAUUAUCUAUAACAUCAGAAGCUAUACUAGAGGAGGACAACAUUAUCUAUACCAUCAGAAGGUAUGCCAGAGGAGGACAACAUUAUCUAUACCAUCAGAAGCUAUACUAGAGAGGACAACAUGAUCUAUACCAUCAGAAGCUAUCCUAGAGAGGACAACAUUUGCUAUAAAUAUCAGCAUUAUUUUUGCAAGUACGUUAGCUAUUUGUUACUAAUGGGAGUGUCAGGGUUAAGGGGUAAGGUAAAUGGUAAAGGGUAAAGGGUUGAGGUUUGGGUUUAGUUGUUAGGGUGGCAUUGUGGUUAGAAAACGUUUUACCGUGGUCCUCUCUGGCAUGGCUAUGUAGUAACAUCCAUCUGCAUGCUGCUAUAACGUUCUACCGUGGUCGUCUCUGGCAUGGUUAUGUAGUAACAACCAUCUGCAUGCUGACAUAGGAGAUUGCAACUGUUCUAUUACUUUAUAAUCUUACAUUUCCUGGAGGAAAAAAAAGUGAAUCUUUUUUUCAAUCGUUGUUUCCAAUUUUUUUAUAUUUUUUUUAUUUUUUUUAUCAAAGUGUUUACAUUUCAGAUGUGACAAACAAAAUAUUUCAGUUGUUUUGUGUUUCUCUUUGUUUUCUAUAUAAUCCAAAGGGGUUUAUUGUGUUUCUCUUUGUUUUCUAUAUAAUCCAAAGGGGUUUAUUGUGUUCCUCAUUGUUUUCUAUAUAAUCCAAAGGGGUUUAUUGUGUUCCUCAUUGUUUUCUAUAUAAUCCAAAGGGGUUUAUUGUGUUUCUCUUUGUUUUCUAUAUAAUCCAAAGGGGUUUAUUGUGUUUCUCUUUGUUUUCUAUAUAAUCCAAAGGGGUUUAUUGUGUUCCUCAUUGUUUUCUAUAUAAUCCAAAGGGGUUUAUUGUGUUCCUCAUUGUUUUCUAUAUAAUCCAAAGGGGUUUAUUGUGUUCCUCAUUGUUUUCUAUAUAAUCCAAAUGGGUUUAUUGUGUUUCUCUUUGAAAUGGGUGACAACAAGAUGACACAACUAUAGUGGCUCAUUCCCUGUUGGUUUUGCGUCCCUUGUGAGACACAAACACUUGAUUUGAAAAGAGGAACUGUGGACAAUGUUGACAGCAUUUUGUUAGGACCUCGCUCUGCUCUCUCAUAGUAGGCAAUGUUUACAGCAUUUUGUUACGACCUCUCUCUGCUCUCUCAUCGUAGGCAAUGUUUACAGCAUUUUGUUACGACCUCGCUCUGCUCUCUCAUAGUAGGCAAUGUUUACAGCAUUUUGUUACGACCUCGCUCUGCUCUCUCAUAGUAGGCAAUGUUUACAGCAUUUUGUUACGACCUCUCUCUGCUCUCUCAUAGUAGGCAAUGUUUACAGCAUUUUGUUACGACCUCUCUCUGCUCUCUCAUCGUAGGCAAUGUGGAUCAAAUUGUAAAUUGUUUUGUGUUUUUGUCAAUAAGUAAAAAUGAAUGUAUUUUGUAUAUAAAUAUUAUUUUUUUGCAUUACAGUAGGACUAGAAUUGAAGACCAAGAUAUGAAUAAAACUACAUGUUGACAUUA